CUGCGACCGAAAAGUCAAAUAUAUCUCAGUGGCAGCGGUUUUUACUCAGAAAAUGAGAGGGAAACUGCGUUGUUGUGUUUUCACAGCUGGCAAAAUUCUAAAAAACUGGUCAGGUUGAUGAUUAAAAUUACUCUGAUAUCCGAUAAUUAAUCAUAAGAAUUAUAGGUUAAUUAAUAUGGAACGAUGACGACAACGUUCUGAGGAAGGAAGCAGCAGAAGAAGAAGUGAUGGAGGAACCGCUACGAAGUUAGACCAAAGUCAAAACCGUGGAUGAUUUUAAACGAGAGGACCAAGAAGAUGAUUUUAACGCCCUGUGGGAUUUAACGACGUUUUUGUGUUCUACCAUGCAUAGGAGAUGGAUACGCCGGAGGUUGCCAGUCUUGGUUUUCACCUUCUUCAUUAUUCUCUACGUGGAUUUUCAGUUACGCACCAGCAGCCUCCCCAAAGUCGCUCACCAUCCGUCAACCCGUGCGCCCGAGCGCUUCAUCCAGCUGCCUGCCGCCGGUGCCAAGGACGCACAGAACCCGGCUGGAAACAGCAGCAGCAGCAGCAGCACUGGUGGCAAAACGCGUUCCACCGACCUGACGGGAGGACACUCUGAGAGCGCACAUGUAACUCAGCCGAAACUGGAGCUGGACGACAUCUACAUCGCUGUGAAAACCACCGGCAGGUUCCACAAGACGCGUCUUGCGCUUCUUUUGGAGACUUGGAUCUCCAGAACCAAGGCGCAUACGUUCAUUUUCACGGACACAGAGGAUGAGGACUUAAGCUCAGAAGGCUACAACAUGGUGGUAACAGGCUGCCAGUCAGAUCACAGUCAGCAGGCUCUGUCCUGCAAGAUGUCUGCCGAGUAUGACGGUUUCAUGGCCUCCAACAAGAGGUGGUUUUGCCAUGUGGACGACGAUAACUACGUAAACCCGGAGGCCCUCCUCUCCCUGCUCUCGGCCUUCCCCCAGGAAGCUGACAUCUAUGUGGGCAAACCGAGCUUGGACAAGCCCAUCACUGCGCAUGAACUGCUGGAGGGCAACGCAACGAGGGAAGUGCGCUUCUGGUUCGCUACAGGAGGAGCUGGUUUCUGUCUGAGUCAAAGGCUGGCAGAAAAGAUGGCUCCGUGGGCCAGCGGCUCCCAGUUCGAGCGGACGUCAGCGACGAUCCGUCUCCCUGACGACUGCACGGUGGGCUUCAUCGUGGAGAAGAGGCUGGGUAUCUCCAUGGUCCACUGUCCUUUCUUCCACUCCCACCUGGAAAACCUGCUGCUCAUCAGCCACAGGAGCAUCCCACAGCAGGUGACGCUGAGUUAUGGGAUAUUUGAGAACAAGAUGAACAGCAUUGAGGUGAAAGGAAGCUUCUCUAAGGAGGACGACCCCUCCAGGUUUAAGACCGUCCACUGCAUGCUGUAUCCCUUCACCAGCUGGUGUCCUUGAGCGCCUCAGAGAAACUACAACCCAACACACGAGACGAGGCCGGCGUCCUGCUGGAUGAAGUACUUUUCAUGGGUAUUCUGCAACAGCGGAAAAGAAAUGACGGAUUUAAUUUGAUGCAAAAGAACCCGACAAAACCAACAGAACAGGAGAAGCAGCAAACAAGGCCAAAGAAGAUUUAACAGUAAAAAUCUGAUGUUCCACAACUUCUCACUCGUGUUCCUGCUCAUAUGUUCCUGAUCACAUGGACACUUUAUCUACUCAGAACAGAGAAUCAAUAAGGAACCUUGAAUAUGUCGUAAAGAAAGGCCUUGUAUUCUUCACCUCUGUGUUAAAAUCAGACUUUGGCAUUUUGUGUCCGUACUACUGAAUGUUUAUUUUUUAUUGAUUAUUCAUUUGUGAAACUAAAGCACUUAAGAUAAGGUGGAACUUUAGCAGUUUUCAGUACUUUUCACUGAAGAUUUGUUGUAUUGUUGACAAAUGUCUAAAUGAAAAUGAAAUAAUAUAGAUUUUUAAAAUAAUUGUACAUAUAUUUUUAUGGACAUUGAUGUGAUUAAAGCUCAAUUUUAUACAAUUUCUUUACAGUCAUUAAAGCCAAAUGAUGAGUAAAACUGUACAGAAA